CAUUUUGUUGUUGCCUAAAUACAAAUGUGUUCAUCCUUGUGUGUGUUCGUAUGUGGUUACACCUAGACACGUGUCAUCACCCUUCAUGUGGGCGCCCAGGAUUUGUUGAGUUCAUUGAGUUGAGUGAUGAACUUCAGCAGAGAGGUUACCCGACAGACCAGUUGUUAUACAUAUGUGAUAGAGGAUGAGGAUCCCGCCCUGGCGAACCUUAAUAUAUUUGAGUUGGCUGAGAAGGGUGACCUGGCUCUCCUGGAGAACCUCGUGAGGAAGAGCCCAGAGGUCCUGAGUGAGAAAGAUGAAUGUGGAGCUAGUCCCCUUCAUCACGCCGCCGCAGGGGGCUACAUCACCCUUAUCCAAUACAUCACCAGUGUCAAUGACACACAGGAGUUGAACAGCUGUGAUGAGCAGGGAAAUGUGCCCUUACACUGGGCAGUGGAGAAGAACAAGGCGGACAGCUGCAGGGCUCUUCUGGACCUGGGGGCCGACCCCAACAUCCUCAACAUGGCCCUGCUGUCCCCUCUGCACCUUGCUGUCAGCCUCGGACACAACAAUCUGGUGGAGCUGCUGCUGUCCUAUAGUGCUACAGACAGCAAUCUACAGGGAGAUCUUGGGAACACCCCGUUGAUACUGGCCUGCUCCAUCAACAACUUUGAGGCUCUUAGCAUAUUGAUAAAGAAUGGAGCGCGGCUUUGCCAACAGAACAAGCUCGGCCAUUUCCCCAUCCACGCAGCUGCCUUCGCAGGUGCAAAGAAAGCCAUGGAAGUGAUCCUAAUGUUCGGAGAGGAGGUUGGCCACCAAACUGAAAAACACAUCAACUAUUUGGAUAAGUCCAAGAGCAGUCCCCUCCAUCUGGCUGUACGUGGUGGGAACAUGGAGGCUAUCCGUCUCUGCAUUGCUACUGGGGCCAAAAUUGACCAGCAACAGAAUGACAGGUCCACGCCGCUUCAUUUGGCCUGCAUCCAGGGUGCUACCGAGGUGGUCAAGCUGAUGCUGUCCUCCUUUGACCAAGUGGAAGACAUCAUUAACCUAACUGAUGGGGCAUGUCAGACCCCUCUACACAGGGCUACCAUAUUUGACCACACAGAGCUGGCAGAGUACCUAAUUUCUUUGGGUGCAGACCCUAAUAGCAUUGAUUGCAAAGGAAACUCUCCCUUACUGCUUGCUACGAGCUGUGGAGCAUGGAAGACUGUGGCUCUGCUACUUUCAAAAGGGGCAAAUGUAAACGUGAAAGACAGAUGUGGCUGUAACUUCCUUCACCUGGCCAUCCUACAGCCCAAGGGUCUGAAAAACCUCCCACAAGAAGUACUGCAGCAUACUAGUGUGAAGGCAUUGCUGAGCUGUGAGGAUAAUGAGGGCUGCACCCCACUCCACUACGCUUGCAGACUGGGUAUCCAUGACUCAGUGAAGAACAUGCUGGGCCUCUCGGGGGAAGUCGGCCUCGCAUGCAAGUCCAAGGACAAGAAGUCUGCCCUGCACUUUGCUGCCCAGUAUGGGCGCAUCAAUACAUGCCACAGAUUACUGGAGACCAUCACAGACUCUCGUCUGCUAAAUGAAGGUGAUGAGCGAGGCCUGACACCACUCCAUUUGGCUUCAAGAGAGGGGCACACCAAGGUGGUUCAGCUGUUGUUGCGCAAAGGAGCUCUCUUUCACAGUGAUUACAAGGGCUGGACUUGUCUGCACCAUGCUGCAUCCGAAGGAUACACACAAACUAUGGACAUUCUCCUGUCAGCCCAUCUCAAGUUACUGGAUAAAACAGAUGAGGAUGGGAACACUGCGCUCCACAUCGCAGCAAAGGGAGGGCAUGUGCCUGCAGUCAAGCUCCUGCUGACUCGGGGAGCAGACAUCGUCUUAAACAAGAAUGACACGUCUUUUCUCCACGAAGCUCUGCAGAACGGGAGAAAAGAUGUGGUCAACGCUGUAAUUGACAGUGACAGAUGUUCUGAGGCUUUGGGAGCAUUCAUCCCCGGCUCCACCCAGGGAUGUCCGAUACUAAACAUGAUUGAGUUUCUUCCUGAGACCUGCGAGCACCUUUUGGACCGCUGUGUGAGGGAAUCUGAUGAUGAUUCAAACAGUAGUGAAUACCAUAUUGAAUACAUUUUCAAAUGGCUCCAACCUCCCAUUUCAUCAAAGAAGUUACCAGACAUGAACAAGAAGUAUAAGCCACUAGCAGCACUCAACGCAAUGGUGCAGUACAACCGCAUUGAACUCCUCAACCACCCCGUCUGCAAAAAGUACCUAGCAAUGAAGUGGAUUGCUUACGGCAGCAAGGCUCAUUUGCUCAACAUGUUUUUCUACCUGUUAAGCCUGCUGCCCCUAACUCACCUGAUAGUGUCUCUGAAGCCCACUUUGAACAUCACUGCCACGGGAGAGCACAACAUCGCCAUGGUGCCCGUAUCUUUCAUAGAGCAAGGUCUGUUAUUGUCCUUCUGCAUGGUGAUGGUCGUGGUCAUGAACAUCUACGCCAUAGGAAAGGAAGUGGUGCAGAUAACACAACUGCGCUGGAAUUACUUCAAGGAUUAUUCCAACCAGUCAGACUGGUGUACGGCCAUCCUCUCCCUUCUGUUCGUCAUUCCCAUCAUGCUCAGUGUUGACGGUUCUUGGCAUUGGCAAGCAGGGGCAAUGGCAGUUUUAAAUUCUUGGAUUGGAUUUCUCUUUUAUCUCCAGAGGUUUGAGGGUGUUGGCAUCUAUGUUGUAAUGUUUUGGGAGAUCAUGAAGACACUGCUCCGUAUUAUAAUGCUGUUCUUGUACCUGCUGUUAGCAUUCGGAUUGGCGUUUUAUGCUCUGAUGCUCAACCAGAAAGAGUUUGACAGCGUACAUCUCUCAGUGAUGCAAACCUUUGUGAUGAUGGCCGGGGAACUAAACUACCAAAAUAACUUCCUGGAUCCUUUUCUGAAACAUGAGCUACCUUUUAGUUUUCUGACUUAUGUGAUUUUAGUGAACUUUGUUCUGCUCAUGCCAAUACUGCUGGUGAACCUGUUGAUUGGUUUAGCAGUUGGAGACAUUGCCGAAGUACAAAGAAAUGCUGCCCUAAAAAGAAUAGCCAUGCAGGUUGAACUCCACACAUCUCUGGAAGACAGGCUGCCUUAUUGGUUUAUGAAACGGGUUGACAAGAGCUCUGUUACUGUCUACCCUAAUCGCAAAUGCUCCCAGCACUAUAUAAGGCAAUUCCUCAUAGGUGAUGUGAGAGCAAAUGAAGUCUGGGGUCAUCUGCGGGCCAAAUCCAGGCAGUGUCCUGCUAUCGAAAACGAGCUCAAAAAGCAGAAGUACAGGAUGAAGGAGAUGACAAACACGCUGGAGAAGCAGCACAACCUUUUGAAGCUCAUCAUCCAGAAGAUGGAGAUCUCUGCGGAGGCCGACGAGCAGGAUGGUCCUGUGAACGUCAGGGGCGCCAUGUGGCCGAGCUUGAGUCAGGCUAAACCACGAGGACACAGUGUGUCUCGGUGGGUUCCACUGAUGAAGGCCCUUGAGUCCAGGAAGAAAUGAGCAACGACAAAGCGAAUUAUUACUACAUUAUAAAAGUCU